AUGAUCAAGGCGGUCCGCAUCUUUAACACCCACCUGAAGCCACAGCUCUCCAAGUUCUACCGGCCCUACAGUGAAGAUACACAACAGCAAAUCAUCAGGGAGACAUUCCAUUUGGUAUCUAAGAGAGAUGAAAAUGUUUGUAAUUUCCUAGAAGGAGGAUUAUUAAUUGGAGGAUCUGACAACAAACUGAUUUAUAGACAUUAUGCAACAUUAUAUUUUGUCUUCUGUGUGGAUUCUUCAGAAAGUGAACUUGGCAUUUUAGAUCUAAUUCAAGUCCACACUAUUCUUGCAGAAAUGGUGAUGGGGAGAAUGGUAUUGGAGACCAACAUGAAUGAGAUUGCUACACAAAUUGAUGCACAAAAUAAACUGGAGAAAUCUGAGGCUGGCUUAGCGGCAGCUCCAGUGCGUGCUGUAUCAGCUGUAAAGAAUAUGAAUCUUCCUGAGAUCCCAAGAAAUAUUAACAUUGGUGACAUCAGUAUAAAAGUGCCAAACCUGCCCUCUUUUAAAUAA